AUGGAAGAAGCUACAUUGGCUCAUCGCAUUACUAACAGAAACUUAGAAAUGGCUUACAAAUGUUUCAAUGCAUAUGCACAAAUGGCAAAAUUCUUUCUUGAUUAUUAUCUUUAUAAGAAGCUAAUAAAUACACCCUAUUCUGAUAAAGAGAGAGAGAAACAUGCUGCUCAAUUAUUUAAAGAAGCUACUAAUUCAGGUAAUGAAGUGCCUAAUAUCCAAUUAAAAUAUGGAUUAUGUUUAUUUCAAGGAAUAGGUGUUGAAAGAAAUUUUCUUGAGGCAGCAAAAUAUUUUCAAAAGGCCACUGAUAAUGGACUUGUAGUCGGCAUGUAUAAUGCUGGAAAUCUUUUUUAUUCCGGUCUUACUGGUGUUAAAGAUGAAGAAUUGGGUAUAAAAUAUAUUAGAGAAGCUGCUCAAUAUAAUCACUCGGAUGCUAUAGAAUUUUAUGUUGAAAAUAUUGUGAAUGAUACAACCAUAGAUAAUGACAAAAUAAGCAAACUUUGCGAAAUAUCAGAAAAAUAUGACCACUUUUAUGCAAACCAUCUGAUUUUAGGAGGAGCCAUUAUAAGGAAUGAAGAAUUUGAAAAUUCUAAAGUCAAAACUACCAAUGCACAAGUUAGAGUCGGGAUUACUAAAAUCAUCAUUAAACAUGAAAAUAAUGCUACAUAUAGUAAGAAGGUUAUGAAUAACAAUACAAAUCACAUCAAAACAAUAAUUGGUGGAACAGACUAUUCUCAAAAUGAUACAAAUCCUUGGAGAGAAUCUCUUAAUGAUAAAAGUAAAUGGAAAAUAAUUGGAUACGAAGAAGUAUAUCCAUUAUUUGAACUGUUGGAUAAUGAAUUGAAAAAAAAAGUGUUGAGCGCCAUGGGUCAUCAAAUUUUAGAAG